AGAGGAUGGCCAUUACGAUGUGAAUUCUCUGUGGCGUGAGGAAGCGCGAGGGAGCUAGGAACGCGUUAUUAUAUUAAGGGAGCUCGAUCGAUCAAUCGAUCCGGGACCGGUUGGUUUCCCGGGGAGAUCGGGAUAAGCGAGUUGAUCGGAGAAAGCUAGAAGAGGAGGAGGAGGGGGGAUCGAGUAUAUAUAGAUAAGGGCACGUUGUUCGUGGGGACGCAUGGCGCUGGCCGCCGGCUCGUCGGUCGGCGUCGCCUCCGUCGUCGUUCUGCUCUUGCUCGUCGUCGCGAAUGCCUCCUCCUCUUCCUCGCAUGCUGGUUCGGAUGGCGGCCGCGUCCUGUCAGAAGGAAGCACGGCGGCCUCAUGGAGGAGAUCGGUUGCGGAGUCACCCUUGCCGAGAAACAACUCCCUCGUCCUGGCCGCGGCGAGGACUUACCGGAGCGACCCAUUGGCCAACCUCACCAUGUACACCGGCGGCUGGAACAUCAGCGACCAGCAUUACUGGGCUUCCGUGGCGUACACCGCGGUCCCCCUCUUCUUCUUCGCCAUCCUGUGGUUCGUCGGCUUCGGCAUCGCAAUGCUCAUCAUCUCCUGCUUCUGCUGCUUCUGCCGGAACAAGAGCGACGGAUACUCGCCCACCUCCUACGUCACCUCCUUGACCAUGCUCAUCCUCCUCACCUGCGCCACCAUCGCCGGGUGUCUCGUGCUGCACGUGGGGACGGAGUUCUUCCACAAUAGCACGAUCAACACGGUGGAGUACGUGGUCGGGCAGGGCAACCUGACGGUGGACAACCUGCGGAACUUCGCGGGGAGCCUUGCGGCGGCCAAGAACAUCGGCGUCGACCAGAUCUUCCUCCCGGCCGACGUGCAGCGCAAGAUCGACCUCGUCGAGGAGAAGCUCAACUCCUCCGCCAACGAGUUCUCCGCCCGCAUCGUCUCCAACUACGAAAAGUUCAAGGACAUGAUGGACAAGAUGCAGUACUACUUGAGGUAUCUUGCAGCUAUCAUGCUUGGCCUUGCGCUACUCGGGUUCGUGUUCUCCGUGCUGGGCUUGCACUUUCUUGUCUCCCUGCUGGUGAUCGCCGGAUGGAUCGUCGUCACCGUCACGGUCAUGCUGGCCGGCGGCUUCAUCCUCCUGCACAACGUGGUGGGGGACACGUGCGUGGCCAUGGACGAGUGGGUGACGCACCCGCAGGCGCACACGGCGCUGGACGACAUCCUGCCGUGCGUGGACAUGGCGACGGCGCACGAGUCGCUGCACCGGAGCCAGGAGGUGACGGCGCAGCUGGUGGCGCUCGUCAACAACGUCAUCAUGAACAUCUCCAACCGUGAAUUCCCUCCGGCCAUCAGACCGCUCUACUUCAACCAGUCCGGGCCCCUGAUGCCGGUGCUCUGCGACCCGUUCAACCAGGACAUGAGCGCCCGCCAGUGCGGCCCCGGGGAAGUGACUUUCAAGACGGCCGCGGCGGAGUGGAAGAAGUUCGAGUGCGCCGUGAGCGGCCCGCCGGGGUCCGAGGUGUGCACGACGGCAGGGAGGGUGACACCGCCGGCGUACAACCAGAUGACGGCAGCGGCGAGCAUCAGCAUGGGGCUGUAUGAGUUUGGCCCGUUCCUGAUGGAUCUCCAGGACUGUUCCUUCGUCAGGGAGACGUUUGAGUCCAUCAGCCUGAAGAACUGUCCCGGGCUUGAGGCGCAUAGCAGGUUCGUGUAUCUUGGGUUGCUCGUUGUCUCGGGGGCUAUUAUGCUGGCCGUCGUCUUCUGGAUGGUGCACACGCGGCAGCGCCGCUGGCGCGCGCGCAGCAAGCCGGUGUGAUUUUUGUGAUCCGGGCCCGCGUUGGUCUGAUCGUGUUUUGUUGCGGCUGUGUCUCUGCCUGUGUACAUAUGUGUGAAUUAAUCGUACGUGUGCCUGAAAUGAAAGGUG